CAAAGAAACCUUUCCGAUCAAAUUCUCUCUCAAAUUCUCCGAUCACAUCACAAAGCAAUCCUAACAAUGGCGACGGUGGCUAUGGAAGCGCAGAGCCCAGCAGAAGCUCCGAUGGCGGAUGAAACCUGCUCGGCCAAGUCGGCUUCCAAGCAAGGGGAGGGGCUGAGGCAGUAUUAUGUCCAGCACAUCCACGAGCUUCAGCUCCUCGUCCGUCAGAAGACGCACAACCUCAACCGACUCGAAGCUCAGCGAAACGAGCUAAAUUCUCGAGUGAGAAUGCUCAGAGAAGAACUGCAGCUACUGCAGGAACCUGGAUCGUAUGUCGGUGAAGUGGUUAAAGUCAUGGGGAAAAAUAAAGUUCUGGUCAAGGUUCACCCGGAAGGAAAAUAUGUUGUUGAUAUCGACAAAAGCAUUGAUAUAACAAAAAUUACUCCAUCGACCAGGGUUGCCCUCCGGAACGAUAGCUAUGUUCUGCAUUUAAUCUUGCCCAGUAAAGUGGAUCCUCUGGUCAACCUUAUGAAAGUCGAGAAAGUUCCCGAUUCUACUUAUGACAUGAUCGGUGGUCUUGACCAGCAGAUUAAGGAGAUAAAAGAGGUUAUUGAGCUUCCAAUCAAGCAUCCUGAAUUGUUUGAAAGUCUCGGAAUAGCUCAACCUAAGGGUGUCCUAUUGUAUGGGCCACCCGGUACUGGGAAGACACUGCUGGCCAGGGCUGUGGCCCAUCAUACUGAUUGUACCUUCAUAAGGGUCUCUGGUUCUGAACUUGUCCAGAAGUAUAUUGGUGAAGGCUCUAGAAUGGUUAGGGAAUUAUUCGUCAUGGCAAGGGAACAUGCUCCGUCUAUAAUCUUCAUGGAUGAAAUCGAUAGCAUUGGAUCUGCUCGGAUGGAAUCUGGAAGUGGUAAUGGUGACAGUGAGGUGCAGCGGACUAUGUUGGAGCUCCUCAACCAGCUUGAUGGAUUUGAAGCAUCAAACAAGAUCAAGGUUCUGAUGGCUACAAAUCGUAUUGACAUUUUAGACCAAGCACUUCUAAGACCAGGAAGAAUUGACCGGAAAAUUGAAUUUCCAAAUCCUAAUGAGGAGUCUCGUCAGGAUAUUCUUAAGAUACACUCGAGAAGAAUGAAUCUCAUGAGAGGGAUUGAUUUGAAGAAGAUUGCUGAAAAGAUGAAUGGUGCAUCAGGUGCGGAGCUUAAGGCUGUUUGCACCGAAGCUGGGAUGUUUGCUCUGAGGGAGCGGAGGGUCCAUGUCAACCAGGAAGAUUUUGAGAUGGCGGUGGCCAAGGUCAUGAAGAAAGAGACUGAGAAGAACAUGUCCCUCCGCAAGCUCUGGAAGUAAAGGCCCAUUUAUUCCAUCUACGGGCAUAUCGUGCUUCUUUUACAUUUAGCCACCGAGAGCAUGGAAACAAAGAUUUCCCCUGAGCCAUGGCUUUAUUUGCGCAUCUGGCUUCUCAAUUCAUUUGUAAUCAAUGCUAUGUGAAUGUGCAAAACUCCAUGAGAUGGUCUAUGGAUUCCGUCUUCAUGGAGUAAUGUGUACAAGGAAGAAAAAGUCGGACCACCUUGCCGAGUCUCUCGCUGAGGAUUGUCUUUUAGUUUAGUUUCUUAUAUCGCUUGCGCUUUUUUGUUUACACAUUCUCGGCAUUGAGAUUAGACCAUUGACAAUACUCUUUUUGUUGGCAUGGAAUCAAUUCAUGAAAAUGCAGUACAUUCUUUUCUCGGUUAA